AUGCCCUUUAGACAAAAUUCUUGGAGCAAGUGGCAAGGGCCAGCAAGGAUCAUCAACGGUGACAGGGAAGUGGGGUUUCACCCGCGCAGGACGACGGUUCGCGUCACGACCGUCACGCGUGACCGUGCCCCUGUUGCGCGCGAGCGGAUCCCGGGUGCCGGGGCCGAGCCGAGGCGGGACUCAGCACGCCCGCCCGCUCUCGCUCUCGCUCCCGCCCCCGCCAUAGACUGCGACGACCGAGCAACGCGCUCGACGCGCCAGCAUGUGUCGCCGACGUCGACGUCGCGGACAGACCACGCACGCCGACGCACGUCGCCUCAAGGAGCCUCAAGGAGGGCGACCAGCGCCCACGAGCGCCGCGCUGCCGGAGGUACAGCAACCUUCCUCGGCUCGACAAGCAACGCGCCAAGCCCGCGAUCUGACACACGGAGGCAUGACCUCCUCUCCCGCAUGCGCAGAAGAGCGCGCGAAGCGCGACACAAGACACUCGGGAAGGACUCACCGGGUGUGUUGAGAGACGUCGAGGGCUUGGGAGGAGAAUGAAGAUUGAGAGGGCAAGAACGCGAAGCAAUAGCCUCUGGCUUGAUCCGUCGCGGUUACGCGACGGCGUUUUCGAAGCGCAGGGGAUGUGACAGGUCAGUUCUCCAAGCGAGAACUGUCGUCCGCCCACUUCGCAGUGCCCGCAAAUUACGCCCAGCCUCCCUCAAUUCUGCGCCAAAAUUGAUUGCGAAGGGCUUCGCACACUGCAGAACGACAGUUUGGGCCCUUAGAACGACAGUUUGACCCUGCGGACGACAGUUUCGGCGGCAUUGCUGGGUGAGUCAUUUGCUUGCUUUCAAAUCUCCUCCUGUUGUUAUCACCCUGUCCCACCCAAUCCAUGUACCGAGCCUCCC